CUCUCUCUCUCUCUCUCUCUCAACUCUCGCUCACAGUUUCACUUUAAGGAACUGUUCAGUCGAGGGUGUUUCAUUUCAUCUGGAGCUCAUUUGAGGACAAACAACUUUCAACGUAUGUUCCUCUUUCAAACAUCAAACACAGACAGAUGAAGAGAGGAUGGAGAACACAGCCUGCUUUCUCUUGGCCUUGGUCGUGACUUUGGUUCCUGUGUCCGCUACACAAGGUGACAACAAUAAACAGAAAAACAUCUCGGCUGUUUUGGGUCGCAGUGUUACGUUCAGAUGUACUUGGAACCUCAGUAUUCCUGUUUACAGAUUGUACAUCCAGAAAUUUGGACUUCAGCCUCUGUUCAUCAAUGGUUUUGAUACUGACAAGGAGCUGGAAGUGUCUUCUGAGUACCGGGACAGAACAGAAGUGAACAAAGCUGAGCUCAGCAUGGAGAUGAGAAACAUCAAACUUUCUGAUGAAGGACUGUAUGAAUGUGUUGUUUUUGUCUCAACAAGCAGUCGUGAUAUAUCCAAGAUCUAUCUCAAAAUCACAGCCGAAUUCACCACUCCUGAAUUGAAGUCCGAAUGCAGCGAGAGUGACGGUGCUAAAAAGGGCCGGAGCUGUCAGCUGAGCUGCUCAUCAGAGGGCGGGUACCCCGUGAGUGACGUUAUGUGGUCGGGGCUUAACCAGAGCAGGAUUAGAGUCCUCCAAAACGAGACUGCAGAAAAUUCGACGUCCAAAACAUGGAGUGUCAAACAGACCAUCAACUACACCUGCGAGCAUCCCAUCAAUGUCAGCUGUGACAUAGGAGGCUCUGAUUCCCUCACCAUCACUAUAUGUGAAGCUGAAUCUUUUCCUCUGAAGGUGAUUGUGGCCAUUGUGUUUGUGCUUGUGUUUGUCACGCUUUUAAUUAUUGUCUGCAUAAUGCUCUUCUGUAGAAGACGAACGCCACAACCAUAUCGCGCAGAUCCUCUGGUGGACGGUGCUCAUAUUCCCUUAGAGUAA